GCACACGGUCUGGCCGGGCCGGGCCGGGCCGGACCGCCUCGGGUGUGACACUAACCGCUCGGGCUGUGUCUGCUGGAGGCCGAGAGGGCGCAGUGCGCGGCACAUGGCGGUGGGAUGCGGCGUGUUGUGUGCGCUCUGUCGGGAGGGGUGGACAGCGCGGUGGCGGCUCUGCUCCUCACACGCAAAGGCUACCACGUGACUGGUGUCUUUAUGAAAAAUUGGGACACAUUCGAUGAACAUGAUACCUGUACAACCGAUCAAGAUUGUGAAGAUGCGUACAGGGUUUGUAAGAUACUCAGCAUCCCCUUUCGUCAGGUUUUCUAUGUGAAAGAAUAUUGGCAUGAAGUCUUUAGUUAUCUAAUAAAGGAAUAUGAAAUGGGAAGGACUCCAAACCCUGACAUAAUGUGCAAUAAAAACAUCAAGUUCAAGUACUUGCUGCGGUUUGCUAUGGAGACACUGGGAGCAGAUUCAAUGGCAACGGGUCAUUACGCAAGAACAUCACAAGGGGACGAACAAGUUUUCCAGCGAAAAUCUGGAAGUAUUGAAGGAAUUUGUCAUAACCACUAUAAUGAUGCUGUGAAACUCCUGCAGGCGGCUGACCCCUCAAAAGAUCAAACUUUCUUCCUGAGUCAGAUAUCUCAGCAUGCCCUGCGGCACACCAUCUUCCCCCUCGGGGAGCUGAGAAAGGACGUUGUCAAGAAGAUAGCAGCAGAGGCGGGAUUUCAUCAUGUAUUAAAAAGAAAAGAAAGUAUGGGAAUCUGCUUUAUAGGGGAAAGAAAGUUUGAAAAGUUCAUUCUUCAGUAUCUAGAACCUCGUCCUGGAAACUUUGUUUCUAUAGAAGAUGGAAAGAUAAUGGGAACACACAAAGGUUGGUUUCUGUUUACUUUGGGACAACGAGCCAGAAUAGGUGGUCAAACAGAUGCCUGGUUCGUAGUGGAUAAAGAGAUUAGUACAGGAGAUGUAUUUGUGGCUCCAGGCAACAGUCACCCAGCUUUGUACAGAGAUUCUCUCCAAACUAAUUCUGUCCAUUGGAUAACGGGGGAACCACCCAUUGAACUGCAAAGGGACAAAGUGAUGCAUUGCAACUUUCGGUUCCAGCAUCGGAUGCCACUUGUUCAGUGUACACUAACUCGAAAUCCAGAUGGUACUGUUUGGGUGACACUUGCUAAGACAGUCAGAGCCAUCACACCAGGACAAUUUGCAGUGUUCUAUAAGGACGGUGAAUGCCUCGGCAGUGGGAAGAUUAUGGAGAUUGGACCUUCCAUGUACAUGACACAUCAGGUCAAAAAGAGAACAAAACUGACAAAUCCAAGUUGACAGAUACAGCCCCACAUCGACCUGUUGAAGAAUCCCCCACCUAAACUGCCAUCCAAUUUUCACAUUGAAAAAUGGCUGUGAUCCAAUGGAAGCAAUCAUGAUACUUGAGAAAAUCUGCAAACAAGCACAAGCAGUAUUGAAAUGCAGAUUUGUCAAAACAACUAUAAUAAAGUGACAAUGAUAGCAAAAUAUUACAUAUUGAGGAAUUCAAGAAUAACUGAUGAUUAUUUCUCCCUCUUUUUAGUGACAAGAGAUAUGUAAUCAACAAAAAUAAAAUUACAUUUGUACAACGCCUUUCACAUCAAGAGGACAUCUCAAGGCGCUGGACAGACAGUGUUACGGACCCGAGCUGAAUCCCAGUUCAGACAAGCAUUCUUAAAUGAUUACCCCAGUUGAUACCAAUAUCUGCUGAUAAAUGUGGUCUCCCCUUGACAGUACAAUUACUGUAUCUGCAAAAGGCAGUGCAUUGAUUCAGUAGAAUUGAGAAGCAGUGCAUUCAGCUAUCAGAGUAAUCCAAUGGUAAACACUUUAGUAAACACCUUGUCAAUUGCAUUUUGCAAUUGCUUUUUCUUUAAAAAUGGAUCACUGUUUUAAAUAAAUAAUUUUCUGUAUGGAAUAAAGAUAUUUUAA